GUCGGCCAUGUUAGCAGGGAUGGGAGGGUGUGCUGAUUGAAACAAACUUAAAAUCGAGGAGGUGGAGAAACUAGUGCUGACCAAGAAAGAGGGGUAGACAGGCGGCCUCCUGGUGUCGUCCCAACGUUUCACCAUAUUAUUUAGUUUUUUUAUUUUUCACGUUGAAAUUAUUAUUCAACUACUCCACAAUCUGUUCAACCCUUUAUCUGGAAAUACAACGAGUAAUUGGUGUUAAUUAUACGAUUGUCAUGGCUAACCGUGGGACGGUGGCCCAAAGGCCAAAUGGCACUCAAGGUAAAAUUUGUCAGUUCAAAUUGGUAUUACUUGGCGAAUCAGCUGUUGGCAAAUCGAGUUUGGUACUGAGGUUUGUUAAAGGGCAAUUUCAUGAGUACCAAGAAAGUACAAUAGGAGCUGCAUUUUUAACACAGACUGUAUGUCUCGAUGAUACGACUGUUAAAUUUGAAAUAUGGGAUACAGCAGGUCAGGAACGCUACCACAGUCUUGCCCCCAUGUAUUAUCGUGGUGCUCAGGCCGCAAUUGUCGUAUACGACAUACAGAAUCAAGACACAUUCGUACGAGCCACAACUUGGGUAAAGGAGCUUCAACGACAAGCAAGUCCCAGUAUAGUGAUAGCACUUGCAGGAAAUAAAGCCGAUUUAGCAAACAAACGUAUGGUCGAUUAUGACGAGGCUCAAGCUUAUGCCGACGAGAAUGGUCUUUUAUUCAUGGAGACAUCAGCGAAAACUGCUAUGAACGUCAACGAUAUAUUCUUAGCAAUCGCUAAAAAACUCCCAAAGAAUGAACAAACGGGAAAUGCAAGUACGAGUGGUCAGGGCCGUCGGCUAGUGGAGUCUGAGGGACAAAAAACUGCAGCGAGUAACUGCUGCAAGUGAUUGGACAAAUUCGUAGAUGUCGCUCUCAUUCAUUUCAUAUCGAUUGACACUCACUGGAUAUUUGUCAUCCUGGCAAGCAUCCUCGGUCAUUGGAUCCCCAUCUGAAUUUAUACGAGAUAACGAGCAUCGAAGAAAAUCGCAAAAAAAAAAAAUUAACAAAAAUGGAAAGCAAAAAAAAAAGUCAUAACCACUCGAGAUCUAAAAUGCAAACAGUUCUAGAUGGUAAUGAGGAUUGAGGGAAAACGAUUACAUAUUGAGACAGCUAUUGCGAUCGAUUUAUAUUUGAUUAUUAAUUGAAUAUUGAAAAAUACGAACUCUGAGUGAAAGAUUGCACGAGGGAGAGUUGUUGAAUGGGUGUACCUUUGCGGAAGAAACUCGUCCAAGGAUUCAUUGUGGUAACUUAGAUAAAUUAUCAAGAAAUUCAUGGAAAGGCAAUACUACUCAACACAAUUAAACCUAGCAGGAAUUUAUAUCGAAUGAAAAGAUGAAGAAUAAUUAAAUAUAAAACAUCACUGUCACAAUAUAUUCGACGAUAUCAACUGUCCUGGGAACUGAUGAAUCUGUUGAAAAAGAGAGAAAUUAGGAAAAAGAUAAAUAACAAGAAAAGCGUAAGCCCCGUUUGUUAUUCUAGUAGUAAUGGACGGUGUUCGUUAUAAAUAUAUAAAUAUACUAUAUAUAAAUACAUUAUAUAUUAUACGAAUCAUAUAUCUAAUAUGGUUUAUGUAAGGAAAUAAUAAUAAUAAUGAUAAUUUGCUGAUACAUGAUGAAUGAACUAUUACGAUUCAAUAUGUAAGGUAAAUAGGUAAUGGAUCGAAUGGAAAAGUAAACAAUUAUUGAACCCAAUAUUAAUUAUGAAAAAUUUUGGCACGCAAAACCAUUCUUGUAAGAUAGUAGGGGCCAUUCCUGCUGCUAUAAUUGAAAACUAUAUAUUUUCUUCGUCAGAUUGUAACGUGUAAUAAUAAUUAUAACUUUAAAGUA